UCUUCCUCGAAUAAGGAAACCUUGGCUCUCCAACCCAUCCCCAUCGGAACCCAACCGAAUCCCCCUUUACCCCACGCCCCCUCCCCCUCCCCCUCCCCCUCCCCCCCCAAUGUUGAAGCUAUGGAGAUGGUACCAGAACUGCCUCGCCGUGCAUCCGGUGAAGACCCAGGUGAUCAGCUCCGGAAUCCUCUGGGGUUUGGGAGACAUCGGAGCUCAGGCCGUCACCCAUUCGAUCCAAACAAAACAUCCUCAACUCACACAGCAGAAAGAUAAGGAGUUCAAAAUCAAUUGGAAAAGGGUGGCUAUCACAAGUAUGUUUGGAUUCGCAUUUGUUGGACCAGUUGGCCACUACUGGUAUGAAUACUUGGACCAUUACAUUCGAGUUCGACUUCAACUGCAACCUAAAUCUUUAAAAUUUGUUGCUGCAAAAGUUGCUGCAGAUGGGCUUCUCUUUGGGCCUUUGGAUCUACUGAUCUUUUUCUCAUACAUGGGGUUUGCCAGUGGGAGGAGCGUAGAGCAGGUGAAAGAAGAUGUGAAGAGGGAUUUUCUUCCAGCUCUUAUUGUUGGGGGAGGAGUUUGGCCAUUUGUCCAAGUUGCAAACUUCAGAUUUGUUCCAGUCAGGUACCAACUUCUAUAUGUAAAUUUCUUUUGCCUGUUGGACAGCUGCUUCUUGUCUUGGAUUGAACAGCAAGGCGAUGCUCCAUGGAAGCAGUGGUUUUCAUCAAUUGGUACCUUGGAAAAGCAGAAAGGUCAGGCUUGACGAUUUAGUCUGAUGUUUGUAUUUUUAACAGUCAACCUACCUUUUAUUCCAAUCUAAGCACAUUCAUGUAGAGAUUCAUGUAUAUUUUGAACAAAUACUGGGAAGAAAAUUUGGGGAUUAGAAAUUUGGUUUUUCCUUUUUGUUGAAAUAAUUCUGAGUCUAUCUUUUGCUGAAAUGAAGGUCUGGGCCCUUCAAAGUUGCACUUUAGUGAAGCAUCCUGAAUGAUGAAUUGCAUAUCAAGCAAAUCUUUGUAAAUCUGAUGUUGUGGUUGUGGCUUUUCUUUGAAGUAAUAUUUUAUCUGGUGAUCUGAAUUAUGGGC